AUGGACGCGCGCGCACCGACGCGGGCGCGAACGACCCAUCGGCGCGCGGUCCUGCUCGGAGACGACGGCGCGGACGGGCGCGCGGGUGGGGACGCGGAGGACGGGCGUUGGGGCGGACGCGGACGCGGUGGAGGUGGUGGGAGCGACGGGACGACGACGACGCGCGCGUGGGGGGAAUGGACCAUCGUGGGAGCGGUGCGGGCGAUGAUGAUCUUCGUUCUCGCCCUCGCGUGCGUCGCCGCGCUGGUGUACGCGUCGACGCGGUUGGAGAUCGACCUGUACGAGGACGUCGUGCCGCACGUGCGGAAUCCAAUGAAAUUCUUCGCGCUCAACGUCGCGGUGGCGACGUUCGGGGUGAUUCCGGGCGCGGCGAGCGCGACGUGCGUUGCGGCUGGGAUUCUGUUCGGUACGUUGGGUGGGGUGGCGCUGUGCGUGUCGAGCGCGAGCGUCGGCGCGGUGGUGAGCUUCACGUUGUCGAGGUACUUUGCUCGACCGUGGGUGGAGAGGACGUUCGUGCGAGACGGAGGGCGGUUCAAGGCUUUGGACGAGGCGGUGACGAAGGAUGGUCCUCAGAUUGUCAUACUAGUGCGGCUUUCCCCGUUCUCGCCGUUCACUGUGGCGAGUUACGUGUUGGGAUUGACGUCGGUGCCCUUCUUGUCGUACGUGGUGGCGACUUUUGUCGGGUUGUUCCCGUCGAGCUUUGUGUACGUGUACGUCGGGGAUACCGGUCGGCGCGCGAGCGGCGCCGACGGGGCGACCGCGCUUGAGAUUAUCUUCUACGUCGUAGGUCUGAUCAUGACUCUGUUCGUUAGUUAUAAGCUCGCGGUGUUGGCGCAGGAGACGAUGCGCAAGAAAGUCGGCCCCGACUGGGAUCCAUCUGAGCAAGAUGACGACGCUGAGCUCGAUGUGUUUGGAAGUCCGAUCGAAGACGACGACGACGACGACGACGAUGAAGUUCCGCUCGUUACGAACGAAGUCAGCGAUGACGGGAGAGGCAACGUGGGAGCUCACACGAAGACCGUCGUUUAG